CCUUAUAAGAUAAUUGAAGGAACUAGCAACCUCUUCUGUUUUUCAGGAUCUUUGAACACUUUCUAUGAGCUGAAAGAUAUGCUGGGAUCGGGAAACUUCGGCAAGGUGUUCAAGGGUAUCCGUAAAUCCGAUGACCAAGAGGUAACACACUCUUACGGAACAUUUUGCUCCUCAUACAGAGAAUCAUGCCUAAUUUAUUCAAACUUGAAUAUGGGAAAAAUUCGUAAUAAUGUUUUUUUCUUUUUUUUUUCUUUUUGCAGGUUGUCAUCAAAAGUAUAUGCAAAAGGAAGACUGACCGUCAUUUUUUAAUUGUAAGUUGGUAAAACUUGGUAAAAAAAAAGAAUAUAUACAGUAUUUAGAUAUUUAAAAGGUGCGGUACUGCUGCUCUGUGAAAUUUCGUGGGAGGCAUCUAGUCAUUUCAGUUGGUAUCCACACGAUCAGGAAUUUCGCGCAAGGGGCAAAAUUUGCCGACAUUUCUAUAAUGUGACCGCACCUCAAAUAUUGUAGUACACCAUAACUGAAAUAAAUGAUAAAGCUUAACGCACCAAUGAACUUUGAGCUGGAAAGGCUCUGAUGAUCGUAUCUACAAAGAAAAAAUUAAAGCAAUUUAAAUACAAUGGCAUGAGCUCUUCAGAUCUAUAGUCAACUAACCUUUUGUUGUCUUGUUCUCUUUUUCUCUAGCGUGAUUGUCCCAGACCUCUGGUUACAGAAGUGGCGAUGAUGCUAAUAUUGAGGCGUCCUCCAGUAAGCCCUUAUGUAAUAGAAAUGUAUGAGUGGUUUGAUCGACCCAAAGUCAUCUCACUCAUUUUGGAGUACCCUCAACCGUGCAAAGUCUUGCGAAAGUUCAUCACUGAUCUUCAUAAACUGAAUGAACUGAUAUCACGUAGCUUGAUGUGCCAGUUAGUCCUGGCAGUACAGCACUGCAUAGACCACGGCGUCUUUCAUAAUGACAUUCAUGCAGACAACAUCCUGGUGAACACAUGCAGUUUGGAGCUCAAGUUGAUUGACUUUGGCUGCGCUCACCUAGUUGAUAGUAAUGGCUACAACAGCACUCAAUAUCUAGGUAAGCUGGCAUUUUGUAUUACGGUGUAUUUUGUAUUUUAUUAUUGUAUUGGUAUGGAAACGUCAUGCCGUGAUCUGAUUAGCCAGUGUCUGAAUCGCAGUCCAGCAAAAAGGCUGACAUUAGAGCAGAUCUUACAACACGAAUGGUUGAAUAAUCAGUGCUAG